AGAACCUUUUCUCGAUAUUAAAUGUAUGUGUCUUUAGAUUGCUUUAUUUAAGUAUUUCCCUGGGUUCAGUUUAAUGAAGAAUUGGCAUUAUUUUUAAUUUUAUGUCAUAAAAUAUACAACUGUAAUUAUUUAUUUUUGAUUAAAAAAAGAACAAGGAUUAGUAGCCCUCAACCCGAAGUCUGUCAGCAACGAUUCCCGCAACAACCAGACAUGGAGAAGACCUGACGAUAAACCAAGUGCUGUCAUUUCUAAGUGGAAAAGGGUUUAAUUAUCUCAAAUUUGCUGGUCCUUCAUCACAUUGAAAUGAAUUUUCUGCGCAAUCGCCUGGUUUUGCUCGGCCUGGUGUUCUUGGCCACGCUUAUGCUGUACCUGCUGCUGCCGUCCAUUCGCCAGGAUACCAUGGAGCUACAGGCCAAAGCUCAAAGAACUGGAAUGGUGGCAGUCGCUGCUCCACCCGGACCACCGGUCCUCAAUGUGUCCAUUCGCACCGGACAGCUUCCUGGAGACCCCCCACUGUUCUUCCGAGAAGCCUUGCCUGUGGAUCGAGACGGCCAGCAGAUACUGCCAAAGUUGCAGUUGGUUCUUCUGCAUGGCCAGGCGUUUACCUCCAAAACCUGGGAAGAACUGGGAACCAUGGCUGUGCUGGCAGCUAAUGGAUAUCAGGCCUUAGCAAUGGAUCUGCCAGGUUAUGGGAAAUCACCAGACUCUGAAGCUCUAAAGACGGAGCAGAAUCGGGUGGUCCUCCUGUCACGCUUCAUGGAGUCUCUGGGUGUCAGGGCUGCUGUGCUUCUGAGUCCCUCCAUGAGUGGACAUUACUCCAUCCCCUUCCUUGUGAAGAACAGCGAACAGCUGCGCGGUUUCGUUCCUAUAGCACCAGUUGGUACGAGAAGCUACUCUGCUCAGCAAUACAAAAAGAUCCAGACUCCCACUCUGAUUGUUUUUGGGGCCUUGGACACAAACCUGGGCGCCCAGUCUCACAAGAACCUCAUCCAGCUUCCCAAUCAUCACGUGCUGAAAUUAGAAGGAGCUCGGCAUGCUUGUUAUAUGGACAAACCCCAAGAGUUCCAUCAAGGUUUGAUCAAAUUCCUCGACAAACUCAAACAAGAAAUAUAGCAGCGGAAGACAGGAUGAUGGAAUUGUCAUCAAAAGAUGACCAAGGAAAAUUAAAAAUUAUCUGUUUUUUUUCUUUUUCUUUUUUUUAUUGAUAAAAACAUUUUGUUUAUUUUCUUAUCAAACCUGGAAAGAAGAUUAAAUGUGUCUGACAGGAUUUGAGAUAUCAUAUCAUAUGUGAGUAUUAUGAAUGUAAUAUGUUUAGGUUAAAUUUUCCGGGUAAUAUGAGACCAGUUCAGCAAAGCUUGCUGUGUGUAGUUGGAUGUUUAUUUGUGUGUCCCGUCUCUGGUUGCUUUUAAAGCUGUGUGAUGUGUUUGCUCAUAUGCUAUAACUUGGUGGACAAUUGUAAAUAUGUAAAUGUUGUUGUUGGCUGUAUUUAAAAGUUUUUGCACACAUUAAAGCAGACACCUAACACAGCUUCUGUAUAAUAUAUGAUCAUUUGGGUUAAAAAGCUGAAGCUAAGAUAUUUACAUGUUAAUAAAGUUGCAAUAAAGUCUUUGCAAUCAAGAGAAAAAAAUAAAAAAUAUGUCUUAAUGCUGCUUGACAUAAAAAACAACAAACUAAUGCAUUGUUUAUCGUUAUGCAAAAUGUUAAGAAAUACUUCCAAGCUUUUUCUUAAUGAUGCUUUUUUGUUUUUGUAAUCUAGUAAUUUAGCAGAGAGGGAUUUUUCUUUGCAACAUUAAAUUUUGUUGUUGUUCACACUGAUGUUUUUUUUUUUUUUAUCACUACUGUUGAAAAAAUGUGUUUCCCUUUAGUUCUAUAAAUACAGUCGUAUGCUUCAUGUUUGAUAGGAAUUUGGCAACAUUUGGGACAUUGUGCAAAUAUUUUUAUUUAUUUUGUCAACAUGUUUUAACUGGUAUGUUUAUUUUUAUGAGUUGAAAUAAAUGUUGAAACAUUGAAACAGUAA